AUGCCAUGCAGGGUGCGGCUGGACGAUAGCACCAGUCCGCGUACCACCCCGGACAUCUUCUUCUACCUCCGGAUCUACAAGGACCUCAUCAAGGGGAUGGAGCACAUUGACUGCAGCACGGAGAACUUCCUAGGAAGACUGGACGCGGAUCUCAUGUCCUACUUCUUCCGCGGGCAGAUAUGCGGGGCUGCCAGCAAGGAGGACGCCGUCGAGUGCGUUGGCAUGGCCCUCCGCCUCGCGAGCUGCAGCCGGGCUCAUCGCCGCUGGGUCCAGGCAUUCAUGACCACUGCCGACUUUCUCGGGGCAUACCACAGCCAUCUACUGAACUUCAUCCGCAUGGACCAGCGCAGGGCCCAACACCGCGCCAACCAGCUCGAGCUCCUCCGUGCGCUCAGAAACACACACGCACCCAGACCCACGAAAAACCAACCGAUCACCUUCCAGGAAGUCACCCGCAUCCUGCGACUGACGAUGCUCUCCAACUGCACCUUCUGCGGGGGAACCAGCGGCAUCCUCUUCCAUGAACUCAGCUGCAGGGUGUGCUUCGACUGCAAGCGCACCAGGAUCGUCAGCGACGCGGACGUCCGCUCCAGACACGGGCUCAGCAGCGGCGAGAUCUGCGCGCUCAACUGCCUCAUCCCCCAUGAAAGGCUGCACCUCACCUGCAUACAGAGCAGCACCGCAGGGCACUGCAGGGACUAUUCCGUCAACGUCCACUACUACCUCACCAGUGAGGCCGAGUCCCACCUCCAACACGCCCGCUCCCUCGCCGCUGACAUGGGAUGGGUGAGAGGCAACUGCGCCUGCGGGGGUGGAUCCCAUGUGUAA